AUGCCCUUGUUUACUUAUCCACCACUUCCGUUAGAGCCCGGUGCUACUCGUAUGAUCCACAUUUUACCACAUACAGAGCAUAGCGCCCCAGUUAAAUGUAGGCUGUCUGACUACGUUAUAUCGGAAAGGGGUGGUACGCAGCACCUUUACGAAGCAUUGUCCUAUGUAUGGGCCAAUGAUGAAGAUGAUGUCAUAAAAUCUCACCGGAUUGAGCUAAAUAACCAUAUUUUUUAUGUCACCCCCAACCUCCAUGCGGCACUUGUUAACCUGCGGAACCACCAUUUUGACCGAGUGUUGUGGGUUGACGCCAUUUGUAUCAACCAGGAUGAUAUCGCAGAAAAGAGCAAACAGAUCCCGCUUAUGCGAAAAAUCUAUGCUCAAGCUGAUCGUGUCAUCAUCUGGCUUGGGGAGGCCUUCGAGGAUGGCGAUACAGCGUUGGAAUAUAUACGAUCCCUUGCAGAAGACAAGGCGCAAAAUGAGCGAUGCUUAGAUGGUCGGCACUCGAAAAGAGUUAGUGAUGCCUGCAUAAAGUUGCUUCAGCGAAAGUGGUUUCGCCGUAUCUGGGUGCUUCAGGAAGCUGGGGCCGCACGGUGUAUCUCGAUCAUGUGUGGUUCUGUUCAAAUAAAUGGACAUGCCUUUUGUGAUGGCAUCGAAGAGUUGGACCUUCCUUUGCCAAUGAUAAUCUAUUCAGUGCUCCAUCUUAUCAGAGGUGCAAAUUUUCGUUCCAAGCAGCAUUUUGAUCCUCAAGGCAGCCGCUCCAUAGGCGAACUGAUUGAUAUGUAUCGAUUUCACGAGUCUUCGAAUAACCAUGACAAAAUAUACGCAUUGCUAGGCCUAAGUGCUGAGAGCCUAAGAGCACCUGCUCUAGAACUAAGCUACAGCAUUCCAUGGUAUCAAGUCUUCAAGCACAUCAUUAAAUAUAUUCUCUCUGGGGAAUGCUUGGUGGAGACUUGGCCUGGUAUAGACACUGCAGUAAUCAAGAGUAAAGCAUUGAUUUUGGGUUUGGUUGUCUCUGUUAACGAGGAAGUCUCGAAGAAUAGCAUGCAGCUUGCGAAGGUUUUCUUGUUCCGUGCUGCACGUUCACUAGGCUAUGAAGAACAUUGGGCAGUUCAACCCUCUGCCAAGCCGAUCCAGGAAGGAGACAUCAUUUUCCUGCUUGAGGGGGCUUCUAAGCCAAGUGUUCUUAGAAUGCGCAGAACUCAUUUUAUAAUGAUUACAACGACUGUGGUACAGGAACGAAAUAAAGAGCUGCAGGGCCUGGACUUGGAAAAUCUUUUACGAGAUGGUCCAAGCGGAAAUUCAAUAUACAAUGUUCUUCUCACCUGGAAAAUACCUUUGGCUAAGAAUACCUCAGGCCUACUAAAGGACGGAGAAGAGUGCGCUAGUGCGAAAGCAAAAUAUCAAGAAGAGCCUCCAGAGAGGCGACAACGAUUGAUCGACAUGGCUAGGGUCUUGAAUGACAUUGCUCUGGAGCUCCUUCAAUCAGAAGACACCGAAAGAGCAGUAAAAUGUCUGUUCUCCAAGGAGGUUCUAGGGAUUCCGAUUAGCGAAGAGGUUGUCAAAGCAGUCGCAGCGAACGGAUAUUAUGGCCAUAGAAUUAUGGAGCAUCUUUUACAGCAGCGGGGAGAACGCCUUCUGAUAUCUGAAGAAGUUGUCAAAGCAGCUGCAGAAAAAAGAGGAUUUGAUGGUCCUGAAACUAUAGAGAUCCUUUUACAAUACCGAGGGCAGAGUCUCCCUAUUACUGAGAAAGUGCUUAAGGCAGCAGCAGGAAAUAUGAAAUAUGGGUAUCAAAUAAUCGAACUUCUUCACUCUCAAGGUAUAAGUAUCCCUAUCUCUAACGAAGUGAUGAUGGCAGCAGCAGACAACCAAGGACGCAAUAGGUUUCAAAUCAUAGAGCUUCUUCAACGACAGAGGAAAAAAUAUGCCACUCUCUGA